AGCUGUGCGACAGUCCAGUGAGCCUGAGCACGGUAUGGUGGUCUGGAUCUGGGUGGAGUUAAGUAUCCGUGUCACACACUGACAACUGGGAAAUCUCCCGCAACAAACUAACAGGUGUCCUCCACCUCCUCCUCCUUCUCCUCCUCCUAGUCGUUUCCCUCCUGAUCCUCCCACUCCUUCAGACUCACAGUUACACCGGGGGGCCUGUCCGCGCCGCAGACUCUCUCCUUCAACUCAUCUGAUUGCGUUUCAUUACUUUAUCUGACGUUUAAAACUUGCAGGGAAAAUCCCUUUUAACUACAUCUACACAUGAUGCACUCGGCACAGAAAGACACCACGUUCACCAAGAUCUUCGUCGGGGGUCUUCCUUAUCACACCACCGACUCAAGUCUCAGGAAAUAUUUCGAGGUGUUUGGAGACAUCGAGGAGGCUGUUGUCAUCACUGAUCGCCAGACGGGGAAAUCUAGAGGUUAUGGAUUUGUGACCAUGGCAGACCGGGCCUCUGCUGAUCGAGCGUGCAAGGACCCUAACCCCAUAAUAGACGGCAGGAAAGCCAAUGUGAACCUGGCCUACCUGGGGGCCAAGCCCAGGGUUAUACAGCCAGGUGAGGGACUGGACCACAGCUUUAACUUGGAUCAUCAAGGGUUUGCAUUUGGUGUUCCUCAGAUCCAUCCAGCAUUCAUCCAAAGACCUUACGGAGUCCCUGCACACUACGUCUACCCUCAGGCCUUUGUCCAGCCCAGUGUGGUGAUCCCUCAUGUACAACCUUCUGCUGCUACAGCAACAGCUGCUGCUGCCAGUUCCCCAUACCUUGACUAUACCGGAGCAGCAUAUGCCCAGUACUCUGCGGCUGCUGCAACUGCUGCUGCCGCCGCUGCUGCUUAUGAGCAGUAUCCAUAUGCGGCCUCACCAGCACCAACAAGCUACAUGACUACAGCUGGGUAUGGGUACACUGUCCAGCAGCCACUUGCCACUGCUGCCACCCCAGGAGCUGCUGCUGCUGCUGCUGCUUUCAGCCAGUACCAGCCCCAGCAGCUCCAGACAGAUCGCAUGCAAUAAAGCCAUGAAACCUGCCUUAAAGUUGGAAAGCAGGGGGAGGUUGGCUCCUCUCAUGAAGAGGGUAAAGUUAGGAGGGGGAAGACCAUAGGGACUGAAAGAUGGUUGUCACAUCUAGGUUGUAACUUAACAGUCCUUCUACCAAAGAACCUGAUGAAAAACACCAAAAAAUGUGGAGACAACGAAGAAUUACUGUAUAUUUAUUCAAGUGAGAUCAGUAUUUUGUCACUAUUGAAUAUAUAUAUAUGAAUAUUUAAUAUUUAUACAGCAGGAAAUUAUUUAAUGUUAUUUGAAGUAGACUCACUGGACCUCAUGUCAACCAUUGCUGAAUUUUGUAUGUAUACAGUAGACUGCAGUGGAAUUUGUAUAAAAUUCCCAAGUGCAUUCAUGUCUUAUGAUCAGGUUUCUUCCCCACUUCUUUUAGUACAAAUCAAAACACUUGCAUACAUACAUGUGAGAACAGUAUGUUCCAUCAUCAUGCAGUUUUCAGUAUUUCAUAGUUUUGGACCAGUAUUUUCUUUGGUUAAGCUAUGCAGACAUUGAUAUAUAAGUCAGUGUUUUGUUCUCUUUGUUCCCUUUUUUAUAUAUAACUGUUUGGAGUGAGAUAGAUUAGAUAACCUCAACCAGUUCCUUUUUAAAAUAUUUUGUUGAUGGUGCAUAAAACAAAAUGCUGGGGAGAUUGUAAAAGCACUAAUUUUUCCCUUUUUUUAAAAAAUUGCACCUCAAGUAAGUUCAGCAAAAGGGAAGAAACAUUGCUGAAUGUGAAUCUUUGAUUUUGACAAAAUGUUUCAUAAUGUGCCUUCUAAAUUAUACUAUUUAUGUAUUUAUUAUGGAGCCUUACAGUAAUAAACCCUUUACUUUUUGUGUUCAUGUGUUAGUAUGAAGCCUACUGUAGAACGUGUAUGCUGCUGCAUAAUGAUCAAGAGCAUAUGAUGGAUGUUCACACUUGGCUUAAAGUCAUACACUGUGUAUAAAGAACAAAAUAUGAGUGAAAAGGUAGCAAUAAGUCCAACGCAAUGUCUGUUUUCUGUAGAUUUAAUGUUGUCUCCGAUAGAUUCUUAAUUCUUUAAUGUCGCUUUUUAUACUUGACCAGUUUGAUAAACUUUUAAAAAUGUUUUACAUUUGAUGUCAUUAGACGUCAAAUGCUUUCUAAUGCAAGGCCAUCACCUGUUUCACCUUGCAUUUUGUAAUGCAUGACUCAGAAUAAUGCAAAAGUUUAAUAAGUGAAAUAAAAGGAAAUUUACCUUC